UUUUAUUUUGAUCCAUAAAAUUUAAAGUUAUUAAAUUGAAAUUGAGGAUUUUCUGGAGAAACUUUCUUGAAUCUUUCGUCUUUGUCAGUGGCAAAGUUUCAACAAGUUCUCUGUUUGUCUGUCCAUGCCACGUGUGUGUCUUUUGUUCCGGUUUUAGUGUUCAUUCUAGCACAUGGCACCAUAUCGUAACAGUGCUCAAAACUCACUAUCAUCGAACGUUAAUGAUUCGAUUGAACCGACUGAACGUGACAUUUGGUCUUCGAUAUUGAAACAAGUACAACAGACUGCAACUAAUAAAUUACCUUCGAAUAAAUCUAUUCUUGUACUCGGUGACAAUGAUUCGGGUAAAUCGUCCCUUAUUGCAAAGAUGCAAGGCAUCGAUACCACGUGCAAAGGAUCCGGACUUGAAUAUCAUUAUCUAAUGGUUCGUGAUGAAUAUCGAGAUGAACAAACACAAUGCGGAGUAUGGAUAUUGGAUGGCAAUUAUAAUUGGAAGUCUCAAUUGUUACGUUUUGCGUUGAAUGAAGACAAUUUUGAAGAUACAACUAUACUUGUAGUUUGUUCGAUGACGAAACCAUGGGAGAUGAUGAAUUCACUGCAGUAUUGGAUGAAUUGCCUACAAAAACAUGUACAGAAUUUGAAUUUGGAUCCGAAAAAAUUUAAAGAAUAUCAGAAUAAAAAUACACAACGAUUCCAGGAUUAUAUUUCACCUGGUGAUGAAAUAGAAGGAUUAACUUCGAUGCGUCGUUCGCAAAAUGGUGAUCACUCAGUAACCGCAGCCGGUAAUAAUGGCAUUCCAAUCGAUCAUAUCGAACCUGAACGAGAUCCAUUACCUCCUAACGUACUUUCACAUAAUCUUGGAUUAGACAUAGUCGUAGCUAUUACUAAAACCGAUUAUAUGUCUACAUUGGAAAAAGAUUAUGAUUUUCGAGAGGAACAUUUCGAUUUCAUACAACAAUAUGCACGAAAAUUUUGCCUUCAAUACGGCGCCACUUUGAUGUAUGUUUCCGCUAAGAUAAACAAAAAUUGUGAUCUAUUAUACAAAUAUAUUGUUCAUCGAAUUUACGGAUUGAAAUUUAAAACUCCUGCAUUAGUCGUAGAAAAGGAUGCCGUUUUCAUACCAUCUGGUUGGGAUAAUGAGAAAAAAAUUUCCAUUCUUUAUGAUAAUAUACAAUCAUUUUCACCGGAUGAUGAUUAUAAUGAUGUGAUAAUGGCACCACAUAAUGUUAAUCCGACUAUGAAAGAACCGGAAAUAGUUGCUGAAGAUGACCAAAUAUUUUUGAUGAAACUACGAACACAACUGAAUCAACAGGUCCCGUCCAAUAUUACUAACACACCACUUCGAGGUCAACCCACUGUUGGUCAAGCAUCUCCUAAUACAACGAAUCUUGUUGGUAAUGCUGGAGCUCAUAGCGGUGGAUCUGCCACUAAAUCGGAUCGUCGACAGUCACAUCAAACUUCAUCAAGUCAUAGCGCUAGUCCGGCUGCUGCAGCUGCUUUUCUUGAUGCAUCCGGUAAAGCAUCUCCCGGUGGUGAGCGUGUCUUGCAGACAUUUUUUAAUUCAUUAUUGAGCCGAAAAUCGGUUGGAGGAUCUGGUGGAAGCAGUAGUUCACCUAGUGGUGGUAAUUCAACUGGAUCUGGUCGCAAUAGUCAAUCUGGUGUUUCGACACCUAGUUCAGCAUCAUCAACGGCAGUCGAAUCAUUACGCGCUCGUGAUGUACAAGCUGAAUUAGAUCGCAUAAUCGAAGGUACAAAAUCAUCAACAAACGAUGAAUAAUUUGAUCACAUGUAUCAUGAAAUCAUGAAAAAAUUAUGAUUAUUUAUAUUUUUAUUUAUUUCCAUUUUUCACAA